AUGGAUACUGACGUUGUCAAUGUUGUCACAACAUCUGACCCGAGAAACUUUGGUGAAGCUAUGCGUAGCAGUCACAAGGAAGGAUGGAUGAAGGCAAUUUCUGAAGAAUUGCAAGCCUUGGAGAACAAUGGAGUUUGGAGUAUUGUGAAGGCUCCAAAAGAUAUUCGAGCACUUCACUCGAAGUGGGUUUUUAAGACGAAGCGUGACGCAGAAGGUGGCAUCGAGAGAUUGAAGGCGAGAUUGGUCGCGUGUGGAAAUGAACAAGUCUUUGGAGUGAACUAUGGAGUUACGUUUGCUGCUGUGAUUGAUAUGUCCAGCGUGAAGAUGAUUUUCGCACUGGCAAGAAAGUGGAAGGUGCCUGCGAAGCAUGGAGAUGUUCCAAAUGCUUACGUUAAAGCAGACAAGGAAGAUAAUCUCGAUAUCUACAUCCACGUACCACAGGGAAUGCAGAUUGCAGAGGACUUAAAGAAGAAGAUCGGUGUUUCACAGAACAACGAGAUUGUUUUGGAGCUGAAGAAGGCACUAUAUGGAUUAAAACAAGCAGGAAGACUAUGGAGUAAAUUGCUACACCAGAAAUUGGUUGAUAUUGGUUUUAAACAAAGUCUCACGGACAUGAAGUGA